AACGACAACGGAUCCGGUACCGGACCUCUAGCUACAGCGAAAAACAUGGCGAUGCACCAUACUGCUGUAUUUGUCUUUAUUGUUAUAAUUGGAUGUAAUUUAGUGUUGUAUCCAUCUUUGUUUAGUAAAUUAAUUCGACAAUGGUUUGGAGGAGCAGAAAUGAAGCCAACUGCACAAGAUCCACUAGAAGAUGUCCCUCCACCUAUGCGCGGUCGCCCACCAUCUUUCCAAGGUCCUGCGAGUGUUAAAUACAGGCAAAGUUCUAUGCCAGAUCGUAGUGCAUUUCCAAGCUCUACCAAAACACAGGAACCGGGAUUUAAAGGUAUAAUGGGCUCAGUAUUACCUGUGUAUGCUGUUGGUAUUAUGAUCUAUUUCAUGUUUGUCAUUUAUAAGGUUUUCUUAAAGGAAAAACCAACUAAAGACCCUGGAACAGGCAGGUUGCUCAAAAACUCAAUUAAUGCAUCCAGUAUGGAUCGAAGACUCAGAGAGGAAGAGGAACUCUUACAGAAGCGUCUGUCUGAGGAGUUGCGCAAGCAUGGUUACCAUAACAUUAAGCCAGAUACACAUCAUGCUGAUUUAACGACUCCUUCAGAAAAUAUUGUAUCGGCUGAUGCAGAAGUAGCUGUAUUAAAAAACAGACUGGAGCAAACUGAGAGAACAAUGGCCAAGAUGCUGGAGAUGAUGACCAGUAUGGGAAUAUCAGUGUCUCAAAUGACAAAUCACCUAGAAAAUAUGGAGGACAAAUCUGAAGAUCCCAGCACGCCAUCUGAUGUUGAUGAAGAGCAUGAAUGUGAUACAGAUAUGGAAGUAGAUGAUAUUGGUGAAAUUGCAUAUGACGAUAGCGAUUCAGAUAAUGAAGCCUACGAAAAUGGUGCAUCAGUUAAAAAAGAAUGUGAUAAGUACACAGAUAAGGAAGAUACUAAUGUAACAGUGGAUGAAGUUGAAAAUAUAAGAGCAAAUGAAAGAAUUGAGGAAGAGGAAGCAACACUUAGAAGGAGAAAUAUUACUGGUCAACAAGACUAAAAUGUAUAAACAUUCUCUGCAAAAUUUUAAAUGUUUUAAUGCUUUUAACUUGACGUAAUUUAUGUACAGUAUUUAUUAGAAAAAUCAGACAAGACAAAACAUUUGGAAAUAUAUAAGAAAUAGGUUUGUGUUUGAAUUGGCAAUGAUGGUGCAAUACAUAGAUGCAAAUCAAUACAGUAGACUGAUAAUGGUGAUUCACAAUUCUGGAUUACUUUUAUCAUUAGUAUUAGCUAAGUUGAUUGUAAUAACUUUUUUAUUUAAUCUUAAAAUAUGUAAAAAUUAAUAGCUUAGUAACUUGCUAAUAUGCUUGCUGCAAGCCAAGUUUCUUCAGAUAUUAUAAGCCUGUGGUGCCACAAAUUGGAACCUUAUGUUGAUGCUUUUUCAAGACCCUCCUUGCUCAUUGCUCAGGUUGUCAAACAUUCUCAGGUAUGACUAUAAGGCUUUGGUUUAACAGUGUAUAUUGUAUAUAUAUUGUAGCAGUAGCAGGGAUUCAUGGGGGAGGGGUAGAGGGUUGUUCCCCUACCAAAUGUGAGUUAGUCAUUUCAGAUUAAAGUGGGUCAAUUCACAGAGACAUAAUCAUGCACUUUAAAAAUGAUUUUUUUUUUCAUGAAUGAGCUGUAAAAACAAAAAUCAACCUCAGCCACACUGUGGUUAGAACUUAAAUUGAGUCAAUACUGACACUUAACAGGCUACUGUAUUGAUCAACUUUCAGGAACUCCCAAUGGCAUACUGAUCUGAGAGUCUUAAAAUAGGCACCUUCAUGACUUUCAGAGACAACAUUAUUCCCAAUACAAAUGGUCCCAUCAUCCAAUUAAACAAUCAUUGUACAGUACAGUAGCGUAUGAGUCUUAAAUGUGAUUAUCACUUAUAUUGGCAUAUUUUUAUAAAAUAUUGCAAUGGAUGGAAAUGCUCCCCCCCCCCCACAAAAUGGAAUUUCUGCCACUGUACACGUUAAUCAUGGUCAGUAUAAAGAACCCAAGAUAUCAUUUGAGAAGAAAUUGCAGUUACUCCAGAGUUCUGGUCCAGGCCCGGGAUUGAUCAAUCUCAGCUUAGCAAAUGUCUUAAGUAGAAAAAGUGAAGAUGUUCCUAAGCAAAUAUCUUAAGCUUAUUUGUCAAACCAUCUUUGCAAAAUCUUGGCUUAAAAAUCGUCUAAGAUGGCGCAUGCGUGCAAUCGACUUUUUUAAUUUUUUAGCAUUUUUUAAGCUAAGCAAU